GGGAUGGUGUGGGGAGGCUGGAGGUUGGGGGUGCGGCUGUGCUGGGGGCUGCUGCUGUGCUGGCCCCCGGGCCGGGCUCAGUACGAGCAGUACAGCUUCCGCAGCUUCCCCCGGGCCGAGCUGAUGGCCCUGGAGGCGGCCUACCGCCACGGCCUCGACCAGUACGGCCAGCGCCGCUGGGCCGACAGCCUCCACCACCUGCAGCUCAGCCUCCGCCUGCACCGCCUGCUGCAAGACAGCCGGGCCUUCUGCCACCGAAACUGCAGCCGGGCCGGGGUCCGGCCGGGGGACCCCCCGCCCGCCGCCCCCGGGGCCGACGAGCUGCGCCUCAUGGGCGGCCUGGUGGGCCGGGCGCACUGCCUCAAGCGCUGCAAGCAGGGGCUGCCCGCCUUCCGCCAGGCCCAGCCCGGACGCGACCUGCUCCGCGACUUCAGCCUCCGGGAGCCCUACAAGUUCCUCCAGUUCGCCUGGUUCAAGGCGAAUAACCUCCCAAAGGCCAUCGCAGCAGCUCAUACGUUUCUCCUCAAGCACCCGGAUGAUGAAAUGAUGCAACGAAACAUGGCGUACUACAAGAGUAUACCUGGGGCGGAGGAGCACAUGAUAGACUUGGAGACCAAAUCUUAUGAGAGCUUCUUUAUCAGGGCUGUGAGGGCGUACAACGGAGAGAACUGGAGAACAUCCAUCACUGACAUGGAGCUGGCCCUGACCGACUUCUUCAAGACCUUUUACGAGUGUCUCGCCGUCUGCGAGGGGUCCAGGGAGAUCAAAGACUUCAAAGAUUUUUAUCUCUCCAUCGCAGAUCACUACAUCGAAGUUCUGGAAUGCAAGCUCAAGUGCGAAGAGAGCCUCACCCCGGUGGUAGGAGGCUACGCCGUGGAGAAGUUUGUCGCCACCAUGUAUCACUACUUGCAGUUCGCGUACUAUAAAGUGAAUGACUUGAAGAACGCCGCCCCUUGCGUGGCUAGCUACAUGCUCUUCGAUCAGAAAGAUGAAGUCAUGAAGCAGAAUUUGGUGUAUUACCAGUACCAUAAAGACAAGUGGGAGCUCACCGACGACCACUUCCAACCCAGACCAGAAGCCGUUCAGUACUUCAAUGUGACCACACUCCAGAAGGAACUGUAUGAAUUUGCCAAGGAAAAUAUAAUGGAUGAUGAUGAGGGAGAAGUUGUGGAGUACCUGGAUGAACUCCUGGAAAUGGAGGAGAGUAACUGACCGGAAGAAACCAACAGCGUUGUCCUACUCUGUGGACGGUACAUUUUUUUACAAGGAGCAGGAAUCUCACCAUGUGCCUUCUCACCUCCUUUGACCCCUACAGCUCAGAUUAGCAGUUCCUCAGAGCGAUCCUUCGUUUCUGAGCACUGAUGGAGAAGGCUCAGAAACUCUGCACCGUUCACUGUCAGGGGGAAGAUCUGUCAUCGUCCCCCCGCCCAGUCCAUCCUCCAGGGCCUCUGGCCCUCAGAGGAAAGGAGCCUCCCACAGCUUUCUCUUUCCUGUUUAAUAUUCCAAAGAGCAGCAUCUUUUAGGGGGAAAACAAGCCUUCUGCGUAGUUUCUCUUUUCAGCGUUCUUGGGGAUUUCAUCGUCUCCUGGUGAGGUUUUCCCAGAAAACACCCCGAGGUUUGAAGAAAACUCAGAGGGACACCUCCAAACUUUGGCCUGACCAGUUUGGGGAUGAAUCCCCUGUUCAGUCCAGCCAAAUUCCCUUAGACUGGUAGCCCCCCGUGGGACAGGGACCGUGUCCGAUCCAAUUAACUUGUAGCCAUCCCAGCGCUUUGAAAAGUGCCUGACACGUUAACAGAUAAUAAUAAAGUGCACCAGGUGUCCACAGAAGGAGGCAGACCUCAUUGAUUUGGCAGAAAGCCCAUUCACCACUGCCUUUUCCCAUCCCCCUGGGCUCAGCUGGGGCUCUGGGGAGGGAGUGUGCAGAGGAGCCGGUUCUGUAGCUGAACAGCGUGUUAUAAACUUGUCUUAUUUCUUUGUUUCUCCA